AUGGCCCCUUCUCAGCUCCCUCCCGUCUUCAACCCCACCUCCCAGGACAUUGAGAUGCUCCUGGCGGCUCAGGCUCACCUGGGCUCCAAGAACCUGCAGGUUCACAUGGAGCCUUACCUCUGGAAGACUCGUCCCGACGGUGUCAACGUGAUCAACAUUGGCAAGACCUGGGAGAAGAUUGUCCUGGCUGCCCGUAUUAUCGCCGCCGUCGACAACCCCGCCGAUGUCUGUGUGGUUUCCGCUCGUCCCUACGGCCAGCGUGCUGUCCUGAAGUUCGCCGCGCACACCGGUGCCACUGCCAUUGCCGGUCGCUUCACCCCCGGUAACUUCACCAACUACAUCACCCGCUCGUUCAAGGAGCCCCGCCUCAUCAUCGUGACCGACCCUCGCACCGACGCCCAGGCCAUCAAGGAGGCCAGCUACGUCAACAUCCCCGUCAUUGCUCUGUGCGACACCGACUCGCCCACCGACUUCGUUGAUGUUGCCAUCCCCACCAACAACAAGGGCCGCCACUCCAUCGGUCUGAUCUGGUGGAUGCUCGCCCGUGAGGUCCUGCGCCUGCGCGGCACCCUGGCCACCCGCGAGACCGAGUGGGACUCCGUCGUUGACCUGUACUUCUACCGCGACCCUGAGGCCGAGGAGAACAAGGAGGUCGCCGAGGAGGCCAAGGCCCCCGGUGCUGAUGAGAUCGGUGCCGGUGCCGUCGCCUCUGGCUUCGCUGGUGACAACUGGGAUGUCAGCGCCCCCGGUGCCGGUAACCCCGGUACUGCCUUCGCUGCCGCCAGCGCUGCUGCCGCCACUGGUGCCACCAGCUGGGAGGCCGAUGGCGCCGACUGGGCUGCCAGCUCCACUGCCCAGGGUGGUGAGUGGGCUGAGGCCCAGCCCGCCACUGAGGGCCAGAAGUGGUAA